UCCAACCAAAGCUUGAAAGCAACCAACAGAAAAAUUAAAUCAUAACCCACACCACACCCUCCAAAUCCAAACUGUCACACCCCAAUUUCUUUUUCUUAUAACUUUUAACUACAAAAAAAGACAUGACCCAAUUCUGACUCACGAAUUUCUGUUCCUCUCUCCCUUUUGGCACUUAAAAUUCCUCCAACCCCCCAUUCCCCUCUGGGAAACAGGGGAAGAGAGAGAGAGAAAACAGGGGAGGGAAGGGGUUGCUCUAUCACUUUGUUCUGUUCCACAACAAAGCCACCAUUUUCCCCUGUGAAUCUCGCACACCCUCUUGGGAAAAGAAAAUCCCAAAAAGGGUUGCAUCGAAUUGCACGGAACAGAGACACAGAGAUAAAAAAAACCAAAAACAAAAAACAGGGGAGGAACGAAGCUGCCAUUUUUGCUGCAAUUCCAAAUGCCAUUGUUUCUGAGUUUUGCUCAUCACGCUCUCUUUUGAAUCCCCUUGUGCUGGGGGAAGCAACCACAUUGGGGGGUGCUGAUGUAGGGGAAACUCUCCCCUACCAUCAACAUCAUCCAAUUCUUUCUUCUUCUUAAUAAAAAAAAAAUGGGUUGCAUAAGCUCCAAGAAUGCGGUUGCCAGAACUUGUUCUCCGUCGCCCGCAGUACUCGACAUUGCAGAGCCGAACCCCGCUUAUGCCAAGGGCCAUUCCUGGUUGACGGUUUUGGAAUCCAAAACGGGUUCAGAGGAUGAGAGGAGCAAUAGCAAGUUCAGGAAGAACAGUUCAAAGAAGAGUAGUGGGUCUUUCAGCUUCAGGCAUGUGGAGGCUGAACAGAAUGCUGCUGGUUGGCCCCCUUGGCUCAUAGCUACUGCAGCAGAAGCCAUUCAAGGAUGGAUCCCUCUCAAAGCUGAUUCUUUUCAAAAGUUGGAAAAGAUUGGAGAAGGUACAUAUAGCAGUGUGUUCCGAGCACGUGAAGUUGAAACUGGGAAGAUGUUUGCUUUGAAGAAGGUGCGCUUUGACAAUUUCCAACCUGAGAGCAUUAGGUUCAUGGCAAGAGAAAUAACAAUCCUCCGCAGGCUUGAUCACCCAAACAUCAUGAAAUUGGAAGGCAUAAUCACUUCUCGCCUAUCAAACAGCAUAUACCUUGUGUUUGAAUACAUGGAGCAUGAUCUUGCUGGCCUAGUAUCACGUCCUGAUAUUGUGUUCUCCGAAUCACAGAUAAAAUGUUACAUGAGGCAACUAUUAAGUGGACUUGAGCAUUGUCAUAUGCGUGGCAUCAUGCAUAGAGACAUCAAAUUAUCAAAUAUCUUGUUGAACAAUGAAGGUGUUCUCAAGAUAGGAGAUUUUGGAUUAGCAAAUACAAUUAGCACAAAUAGCAAGCAUCAUUUGACAAGUCGCGUAGUGACUUUGUGGUAUCGCCCUCCUGAGCUCUUGAUGGGAUCAACCAACUAUGGAGUGUCAGUGGAUCUGUGGAGUGUGGGCUGUGUAUUUGCAGAACUUUUUCUUGGGAAGCCUAUCCUUAAGGGGAGAACUGAGGUUGAACAAUUACACAAAAUUUUUAAGCUGUGUGGUUCUCCACCUGAGGAGUUCUGGAAAAAGACUAAGCUUCCUCAUGCAACAAUGUUUAAACCUCAGACUAAUUAUGAAAGCUCUCUUCGGGAGAGGUGUGCAGAUUUUCCUGCAUCUGCUGUAAAUCUACUCGAGACUUUAUUGUCGAUUGAUCCAGGCAACCGAGGGACUGCCUCAUCUGCCCUAAUGUCUGAGUAUUUCAGCACCAAGCCAUAUGCUUGUAAUGCAUCAAGCCUGCCAAAGUAUCCACCUAGCAAAGAAAUGGAUGCCAAAAGUAUGGGAGAUUCAUCCAGGAAAAAGACUGGAGGUAAAAUGAGAGAGGUUGCAACAUCAAGAAGGCAGCAAAGACGGGUCAGUAAAAUUUUGCAAGAUCCAAACAAUUUCGGCAAAUCAAUUUCAAAAGAGGACACGCAGAACAUUUCUGAAAAUGCUCGUAGAGAUGAUGGUAAAGCACAUCUUACAAAGGGAAAAGGAGGGGCCAUGCACAAAGAUUAUACAAAGUCUCAUUUGGAUGCUAUGUCUGAGACCUCCCAAAUGAAUGUUGCUAAUGGUAAUGGCUAUAGUGUGGGAUCUAAUAAUACCUUUACAUGGGUAAAAAGGAGAAAACAAGAUGCAUCUUCAACUCUAUCAGAUGGAUCAAGAAGCAAAAUUAGUGCACUGGAUCCAAACUUUGCAAAACGCACAUAUGACUUAACCACACUCAGGGUGUCCAUGGAUUUAGAUCCUGAAGAACUGAUGAAUGCUCAGGGUGACAGAGGGCGUGCUGUUCGUAAAUCAAGAUUUGGAAGAGACAACAGAUGAGGCAAGGAUUGCAGGAGUGGUGCAAUGCUAACCACUUUAAGGGUGCCUGACAUCUUGCUGAACCAUCAUAGUUUUUGACUUACCUCUACCAACAUCUUGGUGGCACUUCCUUCCUUUUGAUCACAAGAGUUUACUGUUCAUACCCUUCUAUUGUACAGGAUUAACAAUAAUCAAAUAUAGGAUUACAGUAUACACAUGUAACGAUGCCAAAAUGGAAGAUGAUACAAUUAUGAAUGAUUUACUUUUCUGAUGGAAUUUCACUAUCUUGGUACAUGCCAAUUUUCUCUCAAUGUAAGGUUUAAAAAAAGAAGAAUAAACUACAAAGAAAAAGUACUUUGACA